ACGGCGUAUGCUGAUCGUAUAAGACGUCCUCCUCCACCUGGUAUGCAGCGAACAACAGCUGUCAAUACGGCAAGUUCUACUGCCCAACGAAGUCAAGAGCAAAGACGAUCUGAAAGAUUGAGUUAGUAUUCUUAUAUCGUUUAUAACAUAACAUUGCGCUAAACUAAAGAAACUCUUGGUUGCAUCAUCACGCACGAAAAUCUUUGUCAUGACCGCAACCCUAACACUAAACCCUAUAUAUGGGCGAAACAUGAGGAUAUAACCAAAUACCUUCGUCAACAACCUUGCUCCCGGGCUCUCUUUACUCCACGCUCCUGGGUACGAGGUUGCUUCGUCAUGAAGUUCUAUAUACUAGCCAGUGAACUCUAUAAAAAACUGGAUAACUCAGGCUGUGUUUUUGAAGCCAAAGAUGGCGGAAAUUGAAGCCCGUCUAGCUUGUAUAUAGGUAUACCUUACGCGGAAAUUCACUGAACUCAGUAAAAGCCAAGUGCUGUAAUUUGACGAGUGAAAAACAUGCAAGUUUAGAAAAAGAGACCGAGGAAAACACCAGGAAACUUUUGUUUUCCUGGACUUGAAGGAAUUUGAACUAAACACAGAAUAAUAUAUGGACUGCAUGCAGUUGUAUCAUACUUACCUUUUCAUUUAGUUUUAUAAUUUAUCAAUAUAUCCAUCAUAACCGUUCAUCCCGAUUCAAUUAUGCCAAAUAUGUAGAAGUAAUAUUUUUUUCCCCUUCAUUACUUGUAUAAAGUAUACGUUUGCAUGUUAUAGUAUUUUUACAUAUUUCAGCAUAUAGUCAACAGAUUGUGGAGUUUCUACGACAACCAAAUAUAGAUGAAGUUCUUGCUGCAAAAAGUCCUUCAUAUGCGAAUAAUGUUGCAUUAAAGUAUGGUAUUUUGCUUGACUUCUAUAAUUUAAAAUGA